UUCUCGUCCUUUCCUUAGUGCCUAAAACCCUAAACCCCAUCCUGCUGGUUAUGUGAUUGUUUGUCCACUAGUAACCAGAGUUUAAAGAACCAGAUAAUUUUUCAGUGAAGAAGAAAAAUCCCAAUGAUUGUGACUCGUUCUGCUUUGAUGCUCCAUCUCCAAAACCCACCAAUUCGCUACCACUUCUUCUCCCACUUCAGCUAUGCUCCCACCUUCCCUACUCUAUUCAAACCUCGCCCUUUCUCUCCAACCACUCCACGCCAAGCACAAACCAGAACCUUUGUAAGCGCUGUUGCAUCAUCAUCAUCAUCAGCACAUGGUUCCAAUGGCAGAGACACUUUCUUUGCAGAAGAAAACGUUUCGUGGAGUUCACUCGGUCUCUCUGAUACCAUUUCUCGAGCGCUCUCUAACAUUGGCCUCAAUAGGCCCUCUCUCGUUCAGGCUUCUUCUGUACCGUCUGUGCUGUUAGGGAAGGAUGUUAUUAUUGCUGCGGAGACUGGGAGUGGUAAAACAUACAGUUACCUAGUUCCUCUAAUUGAUAAGCUUAGAGACGCCCAGGAACAUUCUCUACAUGCUGUGUUGGAUCAAAAAGUGACCUCACCACAGAACGUUCUGCUGGUGCUUUGUCCAAAUGUGCAACUUUGUGAGCAGGUAGUGAGGAUGGCUAACAGUCUCUGUAGAGAUGAUGGCGAGACAAUAGUUAGUGUGGCAGCCAUUUGUGGCAAACAGGGAUGGCCAAUUCGGGAACCUGAUGUCAUUGUGACGACACCUGCUGCUCUUCUGAAUUAUGUUGACCUUGACAGAACCCGACGCAUGGAAUUUAUGCGUGGUGUUAAAUAUGUGGUGUUUGAUGAAGCUGAUUUACUUCUCUGUGGGAGCUUCCAGAAUAAAGUAAUCCGCCUGAUAAACUUGCUCCGCUUUGAUGAAAAACUAUUGUCUCGAUCAAAAAAAUCAGUAGCAGAGUUUCCGAUGAAACAGGAAUUUUCCUUGUCAUCAGAAGAUGCUUUUGAAGGUGAAGAGGAACUUCAAACUGAAGCCAUCUCAGAAGACGAUGACAAUGAUAAAGAGGAUAUUGUUGAUAUUAAUAAUGAAGCCGAAAAUGUUAAACUAAGAGACUGGAGGAGAGUGAGGAAAAAUUAUGAGCGUAGUAAGCAGUAUGUUUUUGUUGCUGCUACACUUCCAGUGAAUGGAAAGAAGACAGCUGGAGGGGUAUUGAAAUAUAUGUUUCCUGAUGCUGAGUGGGUUUGUGGAAACUAUCUUCAUUGUCACAAUCCGAGAUUGGAGCAAAAAUGGAUAGAAGUUAUGGCUGAUACUCAAGUGGAUGAACUCAUAAAGGCUGUGAAUCACAGAUUCAGAUCUGAAGAUUUGGUUAAUGCUGGUGGCAUUCACAGAACAAUGGUGUUUGCCAACACUGUUGAGGCUGUUGAAGCUGUGGCAAAGAUAUUACUCCGAUCUGGGAUUGAAUGUUCUCGUUAUCAUAAGAAUUGCACAUUGGAAGAGCGAGCACAAACCUUAGUUGAUUUUCAUGAUAAAGGUGGUGUUCUUGUAUGUACCGAUGCUGCUGCUCGUGGUGUUGAUAUUCCAAAUGUUUUACAUGUUAUUCAGAGGAUCCUUAAUUCUCAAGUCAUUCAAGUAAUCUGUCUCAACUCUCAAGCGGAUUUUGCUACUUCUGCUGUAGACUUUUUGCAUAGGGUUGGUCGUACCGCUAGAGCUGGUCAAAUUGGACUUGUUACUAGCAUGUGGACUGAAUCCAACAGGGAGCUUGUUAAUGCUGUUCGUCGGGCAGGGGAACUUGAUCAACCUGUGGAAACUGCAUUUAGCAGGAAAAGAAGCUUCCGCAACAAGCUCAAGAAAAGGGGUACUAACAAAGUCAGAGAUUCAGCAACAAUUAAAGAGAGCGUUCUAGGAUGAGAAUACUAGGUGACACUCAGUAUCUAAAGCAGCAUGCGCCAAUGACAAUGUGAAACAACAUUAUGGCCACUGCUUCAAAGUGUAUUAUCUGUUACACCUAGAUGCUUACGAGUAAAUGACACAUGUAACGGAUCUUGCCAUUUCUUGAGGAUUAUGCAAUUACCGUGAAGGAAUCCUCCAUAUCUGAGUUAAUUAAUGCAGAUAACUGUUAUUGAUAUCCCUUUUGCUGGUUUCAUGAGUAGAGUGUCUUGUAUUGUCCAAUCUUAGUUUCUGGAAUCACAUUUUCCCAUCAUCUUUUACUGUUUUUAAGUGGCAGUUGGUUAACUUGGUUCCCAUCAAUUUAUUUUUCAUGUAAUUACGAGAUUGUAUUGCAAGAGAAUAAACGUGAUAAGUUAUUUGAUGAAAAA